AUGUCCGACGAGUCAGUGCGACUGGCAUUGCGUAUCCACGAUGAGUGCAAUGGCAGCGACGUGUUCGGAUCCGAUAUCUGCACAUGCCGCCCUUAUCUCAUAUUCGGUAUCGAAGAGGCAGUCAAGGAGGCGCAGAAUGGCGGCAGUGGUGUCGUUAUUUACUUCCGGAAAGAGGGUAGAGCCCUCGGUGAAGUUACCAAGCGGGGCGAAGACCGAGCAUCGGACUACUUCAAGAGAACAGAGAACAUUGCUGGAGUGAAGGACAUGCGUUUCCAGGCACUCAUGCCCGAUAUCCUGCACUGGCUCGGAAUCCGCAAGAUUGACAGAAUGCUGAGCAUGAGCAAAAUCCCCAUUCACGAGCGUGUUGAGCUCCCCGAGGAGUGGAUUCCCGCAGAUUCUCGUGUCGAGAUCGAUGCAAAGAUCACUGCAGGUUACUUCACCGCCGGAAAGCGCAUGACAGAAGAAGAGCUGAGAGCUGUGCAGGGCAGGAUGUGGGAAGAUCUCGACCAUUAG